AUGUUAAAGCAGUGGUUGCCAAUCUUGUUGCGAGCUGGAAAAAAGUCCAGUCUUAGUCAGAAGGAAAAGAACUUGUUCCUCUCAAUUUUCAAUCAGCAUGCUUCAUCGUUCUGCAACGUUAUAAAUUCUAAAGAACACAACACGAGAGCCUUCUCGACCACUUUUCAAAAUCAUUUGCGUGUUUCUUCUCCUAAACCACCUAGCGAAGAAUCCGCAGAAAGUUUGAGAGAAAAGGCCGAGAGGAUUAAAAGAAUGAAAGCCGAAGAGAGAAAGAACAAUCCUCAACCACCUCCACAAGAGGAAGAAACUAGUGAAGAAACAAAUACUUCUGAAGAAUCAAAACAAUCAACAGAGGAGAAAACAAGUGAUAAAUCCGAAAAAACAAAGGCUGACGAAAAAAAGAAGAAAACAGCUGAUUAUGAGGAUAUGGGAGAUAAUCAAGCAAAAGAAAAGGUUCGCACCAAGCCAAACUGGCAUCAUUAUGGUAUGAAAUAUACAUUACCAAUUGUUACGGUGAUAGCUCUGUAUAACCUCUUCAGUGCCUUUGCAGAGAAAGGAUUUAGCUUGAAAAAUAUGCAAGAAAGAUUUGAGGAACUUAUUGCUCCUUUGAAAAAGCCACAACAAUCCAAAUUGCUUCCAGAUAUUCCUCAAGGACAACCAAUGAAACCAGUGCUCGUUGUACCAGUCGAAAAUUUCCUUGUUUAUUCCUCGUAUAAUUCUCGUGCUGGUUGGAAGACUCAAAAACGUCCUGGAGUGGAUCAAUUUUUACAAGCUCUUUCCAAACAUUAUGAGAUUGUAUUUUUCUCUGACAAUUACAUGACACCAUCUCUGGCUCAAAUGUUAGAAAAAAUUGAUCAGUAUCAAGUGGCUCACAAGCUUUUUAAGGAUGCUACCGUCACAGAAGGAACAAGAAAUGUCAAAGAUCUUUCACUUUUGAAUCGACCUUUGGAGAGAAUUAUCAUGAUUGAACAUCGCCCAGACGCUUACAGCAAACAGCCAGAAAAUACUCUUAGAAUAACACCUUGGAAGGGCGACACUCAAGAUAGAACUCUUGUUGAUUUGAUCCCAUUCUUGGAAAUGGUUGCAACCAAAUCUGGCAGAAUUGAUGUGAGGACAAUUUUACAAGAAUAUGGAAACAAGGAGAAACUUGCUCCAGAAAUUGCUCGUGAUUUUAUUAACAUGUUGGAAAAGAGAAGAAAGGAACGAUCUCCACAAACAGCAUCUACACAACCCACUACUGAUGAAAAGCCUCCAGCACAAAGCGGAGGUUGGUUUGGCUUGAGAAAGUAA